UCUCCUCCUCCUCCUCCUCCUCCUCUGCCGUGUCUGUUGCGCGCCGCCAGUCUGCAGGAAUCUUCUGCGUCUCUACAGGAAUCAUUGUUUUUCUGCUCAUUAUUUUCCUUCCCUUGUUUUUGGACGGAAGCAGGAGAACCGUGGAACAUGAAGGGCACCCAGGAGCGCCGCGGACUGAACGUGAAAGGCUUGCUGAGGAGGAACUGGCUCCUCAUCGCCACGGUUCUGUCGGUGCUGAUCGGCAUCACUUUGGGCGUAGUGGUCAGAGAGUAUGCAUCCCUCUCCCAUCUCAACAAGCAGUACUUCGGCUUCCCUGGAGAGAUCCUGAUGCGGAUGCUCAAACUGGUCAUCCUCCCACUCAUCAUCUCAAGCAUGAUCACAGGCGUCGCCGCACUGGACUCUGAGGUGUCUGGAAAAAUAGGUCUUCGAGCUGUCGUCUAUUACUUCUCAACAACCAUCAUUGCAGUGAUUCUUGGUAUUAUUUUGGUGAUGACGAUCAAGCCUGGUGUCUCCCAAGACGCUGACCACAUCGACAGAACAGGCACCACCCCCAACGUCACUACGGUUGAUACACUGCUUGACCUCAUUAGAAACAUGUUUCCAGAAAAUCUGGUGCAGGCUUGUUUUCAGCAGUACAAAACAAAGCGGAAAGAGUUGGAGGAAGAGAAAGUGUCAAACAACACCACUGCAAUGCCACCUCUUGCAACAACCGUCAUGGCGGUCGUUGAGAACAUCACUAAGGAGUAUGAAAUUGUUGGCUCGUAUUCAGACGGAAUCAACGUGCUGGGCCUCAUUGUGUUCUGUGUGGCUUUCGGCUUGGUUAUCGGGAAGAUGGGAGACAAAGGCCGUAUACUUCUUGAAUUCUUUGAUGCCCUGAAUGAAGCCACCAUGAAACUGGUGCAGAUAAUUAUGUGCUACAUGCCAUUUGGUAUCCUGUUCCUCAUUGCUGCAAAGAUCAUCGAGGUGGAAGACUGGGAGAUCUUCAAGAAGAUGGGUCUUUUCAUGGUGACUGUGCUGAGUGGCUUGGCCAUCCACGCCAUUGUGUGCUUGCCUCUCCUCUACUUCAUCAUUGUGAGGAAGAAUCCCUUCACCUUCACCCUGGGGAUGGCUCAGGCCAUGGUGACGGCACUUAUGAUCUCCUCCAGGUCAGUUUCCUAUUCUGUGGUUAAAUCCUUUCUGCCCGGGGAGGAUGUGAAGCUGAACCCCACCUCCGUCCCCAUGUGUUCCAGCUCCGCUACGCUGCCCGUCACCUUCCGCUGCGCAGAGGAGAACAACCGCAUCGACAAGAGGAUAACUCGCUUCGUGCUCCCAGUGGGCGCCACCAUCAACAUGGACGGCACGGCGCUGUAUGAGGCGGUGGCGGCCAUCUUUAUUGCUCAGCUCAAUGAUUACCCUCUGGAUGUGGGACAGAUUGUUACUAUCAGUAUAACAGCAACUGUUGCCAGUAUUGGAGCAGCAGGAGUCCCCAAUGCUGGGCUGGUCACCAUGGUGAUAGUCCUAACGGCUGUCGGACUGCCCGCGACUGAUGUCACUCUGAUAGUGGCUGUGGAUUGGCUUCUGGAUCGCUUCCGUACCAUGAUCAACGUUCUGGGCGACGCUUACGGAGCUGGGAUCGUUCAGAAACUAUCCAAGAGGGAGUUGGAGAGGAUGGAUCUGAACUCGGACGUGGAUGUCGCAAACCCGUUCGCCCUGGAAACUACGCUGGACGACGAGGAGUGCGAGAAAAAGUCCUACGUCAACGGAGGCUUCACGGUGGAUAAGACUGAUGCCAUCUCCUUCACAGAGACCUCCCAGUUCUAGCCUCCAGCCGUCUUAGAGAAGCAGAAAAGCAGCUGUUAGUUGGAGAAACUGGAUUUCAAGGAUCCGUCGUGCCAC